AUGUCAAACCAGAACCCCAGCCCAUAUUAUCCCCUGUCUCAAGCGGCGAGGUAUCACACAAUUCCUCCCAAAACAGAUGUAUCUAACACGAACUACCAAAACUCAGCUCAACUUCUUCACCAGCCCAUUCCGCCCAUAGUAUUCAAUUAUGAUUAUCGUCCUGCCUCUGGCCCAGCCAACCACCCUUACCUGAGCCCUUUGCCUGUUUCGGAACAACAAAUGCGCAAGACCCAUGUUCCCAACUCUAUUCCUCUCAUUUUCAACCCUCUUGGUCAGGCACAGCGUCCUUUCACGCAGCAAAACUCUUAUUCAAUUCCAUACGCACCGGUGUCCAACCCCUCCCCAAUGUACUUUAUGCCACAAGCCCCGGUUUAUCAACAUGGCCGAGUUGUGGGUGAAGAUCGUUACAUUGGAAAUUCUACACGGCCAGUAGUGAACGAUAGAUAUGUAUCUGGAUCUAAACUCGCUGACGGUGCUACAAAUAUUCCCUUCCAAAGAGUCCAAACUUAUCAAGAAUCUCAUGGCAUGAUGCCCACUAACGUCACGCCUCUUUCUGUUGUAACCACAGAUAUGAAUGGUUCUCAUUCCGCAGGAAAUCCUUCUCCAGUUGAAAAUGACGUGAAGAACUAUAUCCCCACUAAAACCAAGAAAAACUCUCGUCCGAAAAUCAACAAGAUUGUGAGCGAGAAAAAGAAGUCCAAAAAGACGGGAUUGAAGAAACAGCGCUUAGAUCUCUGCGAGCACAGUAAUGACGAAAUUUUUACAAAGUUUCUGGAAGUAUUGGCUAUCAAGGUCGACCGUGUCGAUAUUGCUAAAGCUUACAGCUAUAUUAUUGAAGAUGAAUUAGAGCAAAAGCUCUUUGACUUGUUUGUUAACAAACUCACUCUCUUCAUCGAUGUCUUCUUGCCCGAAGACCGUUUCCAGAAAGUUAUCUCCGAAUUAGCUCUUAUAUGA